UCAAUGUCGUGCUGGUUGGGCAUCCGAAAGCGAACCGUCACUGAUCUUUGAUAAUAUUGUAUCCAAGUACAAGGAUCGCAAAGCCAACGUGAAUAUGCUCACGGUGGGGAUGGACGCUUACGCUGAUCCGGCCGGACGAUCCAACGCACGUUCUCCCUUUGAUAGCAAUAUCGUAUCUGAUUUUGAUCGCAUGGAAACCAUUCUAGACUAUAUUUUUCUUACCAUGGGAAUUGAUGGCACUAGCGUUGAUCAUCCUAUUGUCAUGACUGAAGCCCCGUGUAACCCUUCCUACAGUCGCAAACUUUCUAUGCCAAUUGCGGCGCAACCGAGGAUGGCAUGGUCAUCUCGGCCGGUCACACCGCGACGCAUGUCAUCCCUGUAAUGAAGGGCAAAGGCCUUUUGGCAAAGACAAAA